UGCUGAUGGACAAAGAGAGAGUUCGAAAUUCUGAUAACUUCCUCUCCACCACCAGACGAUAAGUUUGGACGUUCCGCAGAGUUCGAUGAGCGCGAAUUCCACCAUUUGGUGCCCGGUUAACAUUUUGUGGAAUCGUCUCGAUGGGAUUUCUCGCUUGUUUUCUAAACAUGCAUCAAUGCAAUAACACCUAUUGUUGUGGUAAAAAUCCAGUGAUAUCUGCUGUGUGAGAAUUUGAGUGGUAUUGUUGUGUUGGAACCGAAUUUUGAUCACCGGCACUCAGAAAGUGGACGGAACAUGAGUCACAGUGACGAUUCAAAAGGUGGUCUGAAGACAAAUUCGCCGGUCACAAUGGCCUUCUGGGACGAACUUUCUAUGAAAAUGAGGUCUACAUCGAACGGAAAGCCACACAAUGGAACAGAUCUGGAGCACUCCAAAACUCAUAAUUCCUAUGCUUCCAAUUUAAACAAUCAAGAGACCUCGAAAACUACUAAAACAAAAAGCACUAAGUCCUUGGUACUGGGACUUACGUACGGUCUUAUUUCGGGGUUAUUCUUUUCGGCUUGUGCAGCUAGUGUGAAGUACCUUGAUACUUUGGAUCCUGGUCAAGUGGCUUUUUACCAGUAUGUGGCUAUUACAGUGUUUGCAUUUCCCAUGGUGGUGAAAAGUAGGAAGAAUGUAUUUGGGGUGGAAAGCUCAACAAAGUACUGGUUUUUGUUGUGUGGAGUUUUCGAUGCAGUUACUGUGUACUUGUCUUUCGUUUCGUUUAGGUAUCUUCCAUUGUCAGAUGCUACUGUUCUGACAUCAAGUGUGCCAGUGUUCGUCACUAUUUCUGCUAGAAUAUUCCUUAAAGAAAAAUGUGGAACUUUCCAAAUUUUGGCCAUAGCAAUCUCUGUCGUCGGGGUCGCUUUGGUCAGCAAAGUACCAUUGCUUCUUGCCAACAGAACAGAUGUAUACACGAGAGAAAGCAUCAUUGGACUUCUGGCCUCACUAGGGUCGAUCGCUACCGAGAGUGGCGUCUACAUCAUCCUUAGAAAAUUGCACAAUGUAAAUGUAUAUAUCAUUCUUUUCAAUUUUGGAAUCGUAGCUACUAUUGUCAAUGCUCUCAUAACCUUCGUGUUCGGUUAUUAUUCGUGGACAGCAUGUGGCGUACAGCAAUGGUUGGUCAUUGCUGUUGGAGCUUUCAGUUUCUUGAGCCAGCUAGCGUUGACUAAAGCUCUAGAGAAAGAAGAAGCUGGUCCUGUGUCCGUCCUGAUGGCAGCAGGUGACAUCAUUCUCGCUUUUAUUUUGGAUAUGUCUCUUUUUAAAGACACACCAGAUGUUUAUACCAUCGCAGGCACCGUCCUAGUAGUAUCAUCUGUGAUGUUAGUGGGUUUCAAAAAAUGGCUCGAUGGAAAUAUGAAAGGAAGUUCUCUCAAACUUAAAUUCAUGAGCAUUUUGUGCUGAAUGACAAAUUAAUUUAUUUUUUAAUCGUUGACUCAUUUAACGCCUUGGUGUCUAUUUCCAUUUUUGCUGAUGUAACGAACCAUGCUGGGAUUUAGAGUUGAAUUAAAUGUAACAAAAACGAAUGAUUAGUCCUUUUAUCGAGAUUACUGAAUUAAUGUUUUUGCUUAUAGGGAGAAGCUGUUUGAUGUUGAACUUAAAUAUUUCAUUUCUUUCCUUUCUUUCUAGUUUCCCUUUUGUGUGUGUGUGUGUGUGUGUGUGUGUGUGUGUGAGAGAGAGAGAGAGAGAGAGAGAGAGAGAGCUUAGAACGCUGUCAUGUCAAUGUCUAUUUUUAAAAUAGAAUGAAGAGAGUUCCAAUUAGAAUUGUUUUUUCUUUAUACCGUUUAAAUUGUUUUAGGAAUAAAAAGCUGCUUUCUGUCUAAAAUGCCUACGUCGGAAAUACACGAGAAAACCUGUUUCGUGAUCUCUCUAAUUGCAUGAUCUGUGAUUUUACUGGACUUUUUAUAAAUAUAAUAUUAAUGUAUUUCACGCAGUCUUUGUCCCAAAUUCAGUGUCUGCUUUGAUAUUCCGUUUGGAAUACUUUUAUGUAAAA